AUGCAACCCACUACUACUCUUCCAUCAAUAAAAUCUCUCUUUCCUUAUCCAAGUUCUUAUCCUUUACCCACCGCUCUAUAUAACCCAUUAAUUCAUCCUUCAAAAACAAUUAAUAAUUGUCUUGAUGUCAAAAAUAAAUUGAUAAAUGCAGAACAAGUUAUGACUCAAUGUAUUCCUCCACUUCAACAAUUACCUAAAGAUCAAUCUUGUCAUUACUCUUGUUGCCGUCCAGCAAAUGAAGAUUUUAGAUCAUCAACUAAUCUAUUUGAUAAAUCAUCAAUUAAUAAUAAUAAUUUUCAAUCUUCUCAACAAUGUUACUCGGUAGUCAGACCUGCUCCAAUUAGACCUUAUGAUGAUAAAUUAUUUUCUAUGAGACAUUCGAUUCCACAUUCUAAUCCUCCGUUAUUUAACAAUAUGACUUCACCAAAGUAUCUUUUUCAUGGAGGUUUUAAUGUUAAACCUUCAACUAAAGAAGAAAAUCGUUAUCAAUGUCCAUAUUGUACAAAACGAUUUUCUCGUCCUAGUUCUCUUAAAAUUCAUAUUAAUUCGCAUACCGGUGAAAAACCUUUUGUUUGUACUGAACCGGGUUGUGGUCGAAGAUUUUCGGUUCACAGUAAUAUGCGUAGACAUUUAAGAGUUCAUCGAAUAGGUAGACCUAUUAAGAAAGCUUACAAUGAUCACGAAAAUAAAGGAUACAGUAUUUGGAAUCCUACUCCGAUUGCUCAUGGUGAUUAUUCGUAG